AUGAGAAUCUCCGUUGCCAUCGCCGGCGCGGCCACGCUCGGCAGCACCGUCGUCUCCGCCCAGAAGGAGGCCAACGCCAUCGGCAUCCCGGCUCCCCAGGAUCUGUUGAACCUCGUCGGAAAUAACGUCGCCUUCGAUGCCUGCCACAAGAUCGACACCUCCGCCGACGGGCUCAUCUGGCCCUGCGCCUCGGUACUCCGUACCCGCGUCCAGAAGUGCCCCCGGACGGUCGCCAACCCCGCGGAGCAGAAGGCCCAGCGCGACUGCCUUUGCGCCGAGCCCAGCUCCUACGUCGCCGACGAGGCGGCCUGCGCCGAGUGCAAGUUCCAGAACGGCCUUCAACCCCAGGUGCAGAAGAAGUACUGGGAGGCCUUCUUCAAGGAGGUCCAGACCGGCUACUGCGACAACAAGGAGGAGACGCGCAGCUACGAGAAGUUCUUCGAUGACCUGAGAAACAAGAUGGGCGACCCGCCCGCGGGUGGCUCCAUCAACCAGCACCCGGGCAAGGUCAUCGACCCGACCGUGUACUACAAGGACGCCGGCUUCGAGGUGCCCAAGGUCCAGGGCCCGGGCAAGUUCACCCCCGCGGCGGCCGCCGGCGAGGACGCGGUCAAGAACGUCACCGCCCCCGCUGUGGCUGCUGAGGAGCCCGCCGGUCACGUCCAGGUUCCCGUCUUCGUCGCCAUCGAGAUGCCCGCCAACGACACCAAGCCUGCGACCAGCACCGUCAGCACCACCUCCCGCCCGCCCUUCCAGAACGGCACCGCCAUCGUGAGCGGCAAGCCGUCCACCCUCACCACCCUCACCUCGACCACCUCUGUCCUCUCCGCCACCCCUAUUGCCCCCACGCCCGCCGUGCCCGCCGCACCGGGCGCCGGCUCCGACGGCGUGACCAUCGUCAUCAACGGCAAGGUGUGCAAGAUCGUCGUCGUCUACGUCACCGUCGGCUGCUCGCCCGCGCAGGGCUCCUCCGGAAGCAGCAUCACCAUCAACUUCGACAACAAGGGCGUCGACACCCAGCAGCCCGUCUACGUCAUCGGCAGCAACAAGCAGUUCGAGGAGAUCAAGGAGGCCCUGCCCGACGCCGGCAAGGACGUCAACCUGGCCGAUGAGGUCAACCAGAUUGUCGGCGGCGAGGGCAAGCCCGUUGUCGUGGCGCCCUCCAAGCCCAGCGGCAACGGCGAGCAGCAGCGUCUCCCUCCCCCGAUGCAGGAGAGCGUCAAGGUCCCCUCGUCUGGCAACAAGCCUUCCACCGGCAAGCCCGCCACCGGCAACAACGGCCGCCCGGGUGCUCAGCCUGCCCAGAACGCCGAGCAGGAGGACGAAUCCAAGCCCGCCGCUCCCGGCGCCCCUGGCUCUUCCGGCGACAACUCCAACAAGCCCGCCGCCCCUGCUCCCGGUGCUCCCGGCCAGGACGGUUCCAAGACUCCCGCCCAGAACGGCAACAACGGCUCCUCCGCCCCCAGCAAGCCCGCCGAGACCUGCCCCCCGUGCCCGACCACCGCCGCCACCGCCCGCCCUGACGCCAAGGACAUCUGCAAGAAGAAGUCUGACAAGGAGACGGAGUGCCUCGGCAAGGGCGACGUCGCCACGAUUCAAGCGUGCCUGUGCUCUGGCAAGGGCUUCGAGGACAACCGCUUCUUCGACGAUGCCAUCAUCUGCGCCCGCCGCUCGGGCAGCAACCCUGCCCAGGGCGAGUUCGAGGCGCAGAUCUUCUUCGAGGUCAAGUUCCGCUACUGCGAGAAGAAGUCGGUCCCCAAGUUCGGCGACGCCUACGCCCAGGUGGAUGCGGAGUGGCGGGAGGCUCGCCAGCCCCGCAAGGAGCUGAGCUAA